AUGCUGAAGAGGUCUACGCUGACCUCCUUGCCAAUAGUCCAACCGCUGGCAUCACCUCUGUACCUCACUCUUUCACCUUCUCUCAAACGCCGUCCAACAGACCCUUCAACGGAAGACAGCCUCGUUGUCCUGGAUCCAACAGUUUUCAAUCAUCCUAUUCGUCGAGACGUCCUCCAUCUCUGUGUCACUCAUUACCUUGAUUCUCUUCGCCAAGGCUCAGCAAACACAAAGACACGUGGGGAGGUGCGAGGCUCCGGUGCUAAACUCCACCGUCAGAAAGGCACUGGCAGGGCCCGAGUUGGCGACGGCCAAAGUCCUAUACGUGUCGGAGGAGGUGUUGCGUUCGGACCCAAACCACGGGACUUUAGCACAAAACUUCCUCGCAAAGUCAUCGAGAUGGGCAUGCGGGUUGCCUUGAGCGUCAAAAUGAAGGAGCGGCAGGUCGGUAUUAUGGCAUCUCUUGAUUGGCCAAACGCAAAAACGAGAAAUCUGGUACAAAAGAUUGACCUUCUCGGAUUACGCAAGACACUGUUCGUUACAGGAGAAGGAGUUGUCCCAGCUGGUUUGAAGCAAGCUAUGGCCAAUAUUCCGCUCGUUCAGGUUAUCACAGCGGACGAAGUCAAUGUCUACGAAAUCAUGAAGUGGCAAAGAUUGGUUCUCGAUGUUAAAGCGGUAGAAUUUUUCGAGAGGACGCUCAAGAAAGACGUUCCGAUAGCCGCGAUACCAUUGCUGCAUAGCCCCCAAGCGGAGAACUCCACUUGA